AAAAAAACCCUAAAUCCACCGAAACCACGCACCCCACCCAGCCGUUUAAAAAGCCUAUCGCAUCCUCCUUGCAUCGGAGACCGAUCUCAUUCAAAGAACACGCUCCUUCAUCUUCCUCGGCUGUAUCUCUUCUUGUCUCGGUUUUACAGUUGGAUUCACAUAUCAGUAUUUUUUUACUCGAUAACUACUAGCAAUUAUGGAUGAUUGGGAGGAGGAGCAGCUUGCACCACUUCCAGCUAAAGUUGAGCUUAAAAGCAACUGGGAUGACGAGGAUGUAGAUGAGAAUGUAGAUGAGAAUGAUAUUAAGGACUCUUGGGAGGAGGAUGAUGAUGAUGACAACGACGAACCUGCUCCGGUAAAGCCUGCUACGGACAAGGCUACUCCUAAGAAAGCAGCAGCCAAAUCUGUUGAAAAGAAGGGCAAAGCAGCCGAUGUUCCAAAAGAAGCACCAAAGGAAGAACCUUUGGAUCCUAUCUCUGAGAAACUUCGCUUGCAGAGGCUUGUUGAAGAAGCUGACUACAAGCUAACUGCUGAACUCUUUGGAACGAAGGGUGACGAGACAAAACUUGAUGUGUUCAUCCCCAGGGCUGUUGAGGUUAGUGAGGAAAGUGCGUGGUGAGGCUUUGAGGUUUCGUGGGGCUGAGUAUCAGUUCGUGUCGCGUUUGGCUUUGCUGAUUAAGAGAGUGGAUGGACUUGGAGAUGAUACGAAGAUUGCUGCUAAGAUGAUUCAUGAUGUUCUUGAUAGGUAUUACAUGGGAGGUACAGGGUUGGAUUCUUCGGGUUUCAUCCAGAGCCUAAUUGGUACUCAUCACUCUGCUUAAACCGAUUCUGGGAUUUAGGGUUUAUGCACUUUUCUGUAAUUGGUUUUCGUGAGAAGUCUAUAAUGUGGGAUACGUUUUGAGUCAGUCCAUUAAUGAAAUUGAAGCUGGAAAAGUAUGCAAGCGUGUGCGUCAAGGUCUCUUGUUUCCAGAAGAUGGAAAUUUAUAACUUUAUGAAAUGAAUUUGAUAUAUUUUCAAAAGCUUCGCUU